AUGGUGACUCAGCAUCCUGAGCACGAAAGGCGGGACGCUACAGAAGAGGAGAUCAAAGAGCUGCGGCACGUUGUAGAUUCAGUUCCCUUGGCUGUCUGGGUCGCACUCGUUGCUAAUGCUACGGAGAGGUUCACAUUCUAUGCCGUGACAACGCCAUGGCAGAACUACAUACAGAAUCCCGCUGAUAGCGUCGCCGUUCCUGGCGCUUUGGGACUGGGGCAAGCAACGGCUACAAACAUUACGAGUGCAUUUCUCUUCUUGAGCUUUCUUCUCCCGACUGUUUGGGCUAUCAUCUCAGACACGUGGCUGGGGCGUCACAAGACACUCUGUUUGAGCUACUUUUUGAACUUUUGUGGAUGUUUGAUCAUCUUUGUUACGUCGCUCCCAGCAUUCAGCCACUCUCAGAUCACUAAGGUGGUAGGACUGGGGUUCGCGAUGAUUGUCCUUGGAAUCGGCACUGCUGGUGUCAAGGCGACCGCCUCCCCAUUCAUAGGUGACCAAUACGCAGAAACUGCUCCUCAAGUCAUCACCACAAAGAAAGGGGAGCGCUUUAUUGCAGACCGGGCGCUUACACUUCAGUUUAUUUACAAUGUGUCGUACUGGUUCACCAACAUAGCAAGUUUAUCGCUCGUUGCAUCCACCUAUUUGGAGAAGCUAGUGGGAUUCUGGGCUGCUUAUUUGCUACCUCUUUGCGCGACCUGGACCCUGGUACCUUUACUUCUAAUCUUUCACAAAUCACUUGUCAAACAAAAACCCCAAGCAAAUAUUCUUCCACGCGCUUCCCGAGUUAUCGUGUGUGCGGGGAGACACAAGUUCAACUGGGAAGCUGCUACACCCGUUUAUCAGUCCGAGACGUUUGGCCGCCAGGUCGAAUGGGAUGACAAAUUUGUCUUUGAGAUCAAGAGAGGUCUGCAGGCUUGCAAGGUGAUGGCCUGCUUUGUGCCAUUCCAUCUCUGUAUGAAUCAGAUUACAAACAAUCUUGUUUCACAAGCAGGGCAGAUGAGGCUCGGUGGGAUCCCCAACGAUACAAUCCAAGCUCUAAACUCUAUCGCUUGCGUGCUACUGGGACCAAUCAUGCAGAAAUUUGUUUAUCCCAUCGUCCGUGGUCGGGGAUUCGCUUUUGGCCCCAUUGCGCGCAUUACGUGGGCUUUCAUUAUGAUGAGUACUGCAAUGGCAUAUGCUGCUGGUGUUCAAAAGCUCAUCUACACCAAGGCGCCUUGCUACGAUAAGCCCUUGCAGUGUGAAAAGUCGCCUAACGACGUAAGUGUCUGGAUCCAGUCGCCCGUCUACUUUCUCCUCGGAGUCGCCGAGAUUUUGGGCUUUACAACUCUUGCCGAGUACAGCUAUUCUGAGGCACCUAGGAACAUGCGCAGCUUGGUACAAGCCAUGGCCCAGCUGAGUUCGGGCGCUGGCUCUGCGCUUGGGAUGGCAUUCUCACCAUUGUCAAAGGAUCCUCAGAUUCUCUAUCUCUAUACGGGUUUGUCUGUAACAAUGAUUACCACGGCGCCUACCUUCUGGCUCAUGUUUCGUGCGUAUGAUGAUAGAGUAUUUGAAGAAGCACACUCGAACGAUGAUGGAAGUAAUCAGGCGGCAGAGCCAAUGGUUUCUGGACCGUCUGAGGCUACCGAACCAGGAGAAAAGGCCGAUGGUGCCAAAGCAUCUCCCUAA